AUGAAACUGUUUCUUACACUUGCCGCCUUGUUUGCCUGCGCCUCGGCCAGCGCUAUACACAGCAGCGGAUGGAGUUCGGGUCCUUGGAUCAGCAGUGGCAGCAGCGGCUGGAGCUCAAGUCCUUGGAUCAGCAGCGGUAGCAGCGGCUGGAGCUCUGGUCCCUGGCGCAGCAGCAGCAGCAGUCGAGGUUGGAGCUCGGCUCCCAGCUGGAGGCCAGCUCCUUGGCUAGGCAGCGGCGGCGGCGGUCACGGAGGAUCACAGAUCAUCAGGGUAGUGAAGCUUGAUGGCGGCAACGUUGGCUGGAGCCGUAUUGGCGGCGGUGGCGGUCAUGGUGGCUGGUCCGGUGGUGGUUGGAGCAGCGGCUGGUAA